AUGCAUGUCAACAACAAAUCGGGUGUUCAAACAGCACCCUCCACAUCUGCAUCCUCUCGUACAUCUUUACCUGCAUAUGCCCACGAAGUCUUUUCACGUGCGUCUCCUUCCCUUGUCAAAAUCCGCGUCGAUCAGCUGCUUCCAUUUACCACGCAGCGCGCACAGCAACGCAUUGAGGCUCAAAAGAAAAUUUUCGCCACCACCCCGCUGACCGCGCUUCAAGCGGCUCACAAGCGGGGGAUUCGCGACGUCGUUCAGCGUCUCCGCAUCACCAAGUCCGUCCGUAACGUCAAGGUGCACCACACCGCCUCCGCCGCGGGCCCCCACCCCCGCGAUGCGCUCCCACAGAAUAAUGGGGUGGUGGGAUCUCUGUGCAUGCCUCUUACCACCUGCUGCCCCGUGCCCGUCUCCCCGUCCGUGGGGCCGGACCCCAACGGCCAUCGCGCAUCAUCCGCUCUGGGGCUCACCGGGGCCGUGGAUGGGCUUGUGACACUUUGGGACGUUGACACCCACCGGCCUCUCGCGAGUGCGGCGGCCUUCAAGGGCAAUCAGUGGGCUCGCGUGCGCGCGCUCGAGGCCCACCCAACGGAGCCGAUAUUCUUCACCGCUACGAUGUUCGACCGCACAGUGAGCGCGUGGCGCAUUAGCUAUACCAAUAAUGACCUCACAGUGAACGAAGAGGAAAGGAAGGGAGGAGGGGAGGGGCUCUCCCUGGAGAGGAUUACGCCGAGUGCGGCCACUGAAGAGGAAGGGGCGCAUGUCGCGGGCAUUAACCGCAUCGCUGUGGAUCCCAGCGGGGCGGUGCUUGCGAGCACCGGCGACGACGCGACGCUUCGGCUGUGGGAUGUCCGCCACUGGGGCCAGGUGUUGAUGAUCCAAGACGGCUAUGAAGGAGCCAGGGGGGUACUGGGGGUGGCCUUCCACCCCGACGGCGCGCUCCUCGCCACGACGGACCGGGGAGGGCGGGUCGUGGCCUGGGAUACGCGCACAGGCCACCACGCCUUCACAACGGCUGGCCACAGCGGCGGACAUCUUGCCCGUGCGACCUGCGUAGCCUGGUCGCCCUGCGGUAUCCGUUUCGCCUCGGGUGGCGCCGACGCGGUUAUCCAUCUUUUUGAUGCGCGGAUGCUUUACCGCAAACAGCAAGCACUGUCUGCGGUGAAAAGAAGCAACUCCAGCAGCGCUGCGCCCUUUGCCUUCCUCGGCCACGAGGACGUCGUGAGCUCCGUUUCGUUCUACGCGAAUCCUUAUCCCGACGGUCGUGGCGGAGCCUCGACGGGCGCCAGCCCCCUUCUCCCCUUGGCGCUGGUCUCGACCUCGCUCGAUCAUACAAUGCGGUUCUGGGAUAUGGAUACGGGGCUCUGCGUGCACACCCUCGACGCCGGCGUCCCCCUCUACGCGCACUGUCGUCCUUUCCGCGCCGCUGCAGGGGCUAAAAAACAGGGCGAGAAUUCUGAAGCCUGCUCGUCGGCAGCCAUUCUGGGGGUAGGCCAUAGCAAAUACUGGUUUCUGUGGGAUGUCGUCAGUGCGUUGCAUGAGGAAACUUUUAAGGCAGUGAUAAAGGAUACCGACUCCGCCGCGGCGGUGCAUCAUCUUGAGGGCCUUCUCAGUGAACAGGGUUAUACACCAUACGGCAGUGAAGCGUUAGGGACGAAACACAUUGAUAAUAUAGAAGAGAAUGAUGAUGAUGAAGAGAUGCUGUAUCUCAUGCGCAAGCCAGACAAUGCGAAAAUGGGUACAAUUGGAGGAAAAAAAGAAGACAAUUUCAAAGACAACAAUGAGAGUAGCGACGAUGAAAUGGCACUUCUGCGUAAAUAA